GCUGCCUUCUGUGCCUUGAUGGAAUGUGUUCAGGAGGGCCUUGUCUACACAAGUCUGUUUGAAGGAAACCCUUCUUACACAGUCAGCCUUUUCUCUACAGCCAAUUAACUGCAAGGGCACUGAUAAUUUUUGGAGAAGAUGGUGGUAGUUCUGUGUUUCUUCUCUUGCAGGAGCAGAAUUGGCACUCUGGAGGCUAUAGCCAUAAGUUACAGAUAUUCUUUGGUGGUGAGGAUGUCACUGCUCAGCUAAAGACAUUUACUAAAGUAAUAGUUUGCAGUUUGUACAUAGCACGCCUGACACUGCUCAUGGAGGUUUCCAUCCUUUUCAUAUGGUCAACCUGUGCUGCUGUUCUCAAGAUCAAAGAGCAGAAUGGGGCCAGAAUUCUGCCACUGCUGUGGCACUGUACAGCUUCUGCCACUAGAAUGCCUGCAAGUGUCAUCCACCAUUAAAAUUAUGAAAUGCAGCUGAGUUUCAUAUAAAGAGUUUUUAUUACCUAGAAUACUUCUAUGAUUGUGAUGUGAAACAGAUUAAAACAGAAAACUUGUGGGCCAGAAUUCAGGCAAUCCUGAAAGAAAUCAUCCUUUUCCCAAAUGGAGGAAAAACAGAAUGUAGGGUGUGGGGUUUAGGUUUUUCAGUUUGUGCAGAGAUGGUGUGUCCUUCCACAUAGAUUAUUUUCUUCCAAGUAAUAAAGUAAUAAAAUUGUGGGGAACAUUUGGUGCUAAGAAAGAGUGGUUUGGUGGGAGAAUACUGAAGAAUUUUCUCAUUUGUCACUUGGUUUCUUUCCUGAUAAGAAUAUCAGGAUUUGGCCAUUAGCUAUAUGUACACAUAUAUUUAUUUGUCAGGGGUUUCACUCUAUUUAGAUCCAGAGAAUAAUACGAUUAUGUAUUAUUUUAAGUUUCUGUCAACCAUUAAAAUGGCCCUUUUCUUCAAACAUGAGUGAGCCAAAAUGAGUAACAAAGGCAUUAUAGAAGUAAUAAAUUCUCCCUCCAUUCCAGUUACAAACUGCCAGUAAGAAGCAUACCUGUCUCAGAGAGACACAGACUCUGAGGGAAACCCAGGUUUUCUGCCUCACCCUGGGGCAGUUUUGUCUGUCAGCAAAGUGGCUGCAGCACAGAGAGGUAAAGUCACUUGCAAAAUUUCAUCAACGUGUCUCAAGGCAGGGAGCAGUGUCCUAGAGCAUGGGUCAGUCACCUUGGCCUCUCUGAAGGAGGAGACAAGUGCUUCUGUGCCAAUCCAGUUCCCAUUUAAUGAAACCAUCACCAGCUGCCUUUUCUUUGCCCUUAGGUCAUGCCUCUGACCUCUCUUUCUGUUGCUCAUGAAGGAGACUGAGAGGUUUAGAGGGCAGCUCCACCUGCCAAAUGUCACAUGGGCUCUGCUAGUGUGGCACCUUAGGGGACUGUCUACCUAAGCUUCAGGCAGUGAGUUACUGGUCUGAUUCACUCCCCCUCAAUGCAUCUGGUGCAUCUGUCCUGGCAGUCAGGUGUCUCCCGUGUCCAUCAGUCGGGAGUGUGCUGCAGACUGAGAGCAGAGGAGGUGAACGCUGCCACUGCCUGCGCUGUCUCAGCUCUCCCUUGUGCCCAGCUCACCACCCUCAGGCGUGCAGCUGCAUGAUCAGCACUUGCUGAUCAACUCCUGGCUUUCAAGGGUAAAAGAGAAAGGCGAAGAAGAAAAAAAAUGGUGUGCUGCUUUAAAGGUAAGUGCUUGCUUGUGUAUUUAGGAUAAGUACUUCUAUGUCUGUGCUGCCAGAGUUAAACUGGUGAAAUGGUAUGGGUCAUGCUGUCAUUCAGUGAAGCGUAUGGCUGUUAUAUAAAGGUUUUAAUUACUUUCAUCUGUCUGCUCAGGAACAUCACGCGUCUGGCAAAAUUUUGAGAAGGCUCAAGGAGUUAAAGAAAGCUCAUCUAAAUAAAGGAGGGUUAACGUGACAUUGCAGUUACUUAAUCCUGUAUUGUCCUGCCAUGUGACUGCAGGGAUACUGAGGCGCAGCAUUUCUUUUGCCUGGUGCACAGACUAUGCUUUUCCUGUCAUCUUCCAGAAUCAGUUGCUUUGUUGAACACACCAUGGGAAAGAAACAGAGGGGCAGCGUACCUUUUACAGCAAGGCUUCCACACACAGUGACAUUUCCACAGCACAGUGACAAGCUCACAGGCUGAAGAAUGAAUUUAAGGCAAUCCCUACAGUCAGCUUUUGGACUUUUACCAGAAUCAAGGAGAACUACGUUCUUAAGGUGGCAUCAUGAGGACAGCAAAGAAGAUGAUGGGCACCAGGAGUGCCAUGAAGGAGAAGAGGGAAAACAGCAUAGACUGACCCCAUUUGAGAAGCUAAUGCAGGAUAUGUCUCAUAAUGAAAAAGUGGUGAAGGAAUUAACCCUGGGAAAGAGAAUUGCCUUCUAUCGAGUCAGAGGAGAAAUAGGAAGUGGGAAUUUCUCACAAGUGAAGCUUGGAAUUCAUUCCCUAACCAAAGAGAAAGUUGCAAUUAAGAUUUUGGACAAGACAAAGCUAGACCAGAAGACUCAACGUUUGCUGUCUCGUGAGAUAUCCAGCAUGGAAAAGCUGCACCACCCAAAUAUCAUCAGGCUGUAUGAAGUGGUGGAGACACUCUCAAAACUGCACCUGGUGAUGGAAUAUGCAGGAGGUGGGGAGCUCUUCACUAAAAUCAGUACAGAAGGAAAGCUGCUAGAAACAGAGUGUAAAAUAAUCUUCUCCCAGAUUGUGUCUGCUGUGAAGCACAUGCAUGACAAUAAUAUCAUCCACCGGGACCUGAAAGCAGAAAACGUCUUCUAUGCCAGCAACACCUGUGUUAAGGUGGGAGACUUUGGAUUCAGCACAAUAAGUAAAAGAGAUGAAACUUUAAAAACUUUCUGUGGUUCUCCUCCUUACGCUGCUCCUGAACUCUUCCGAGAUGAAAACUAUAUCGGCAUCUAUGUAGACAUCUGGGCACUGGGAAUCCUCCUGUACUUCAUGAUGACAGGUAGCAUGCCAUUCCGGGCAGAUACCGUAGGCAAACUGAAAAAGUGCAUUCUUGAAGGGACAUACACUUUACCUCCCUGCCUCUCAGAAAAUUGCCAGAAACUGAUAAAAGGAGUCCUUCAGCCAGUACCAACCAAGCGAUACUCUGUCAAACUGAUUAUGAACAGUGAAUGGAUGCAAGGAAUACAGUUCCCUAAACCUUUACAGACAUUUAAAUUGGAUCCAAAGUAUUUAUCAGAAAUCAGUACACUCAGAGAAGAAGAAAUUGAAGUGAAAAAUAUUCUGGAAGAUCUGGGAAUCACAGAAGAGCACAUUCAAAACAACCGGGGAAGAGAUGCACGCAGCUCCAUAACAGGAGUCUACAGAAUUGUGUUGCACAGAGUACAGAAGAAAAGGGCACUUGAAUCUGUUCCUAUCAUGUCCCAGCCAGAUCCAAAAGAAGAUGACUCAAGGAACGGCAUCACUUCUUACAGUGGCAUUAAGCACACAUCCAAGCUGUGUUCUAUUUUAUAAAAUUGCACUGCAGGCUUUAUGCUCAGCACAUUUGACAAAGGGGAUUACUCACUUAUCCUUAAGUUGUAGCAUUACAUUUUUUUUGUAAUUUUUGAAUAAACCAGAAAGGCCUCAUUUUCUUUGCAUUUCUCAAUUGACAGUGAAGCACUCAAAAACAGAGCUCUUGUGCAUUUGUUUGACCCUUUCUCCAGACACUUGGUAUAGCCAGUGCAAGAACCCAGUAACUGAAAAGAUCUUGAGUGGAGGGAUCUUUCAAUAAACACCAUGCUACUGCACUUAAUUUGGGAGAUACUCUGCACAGGCAUGUAACAGCUAACUUCUGAAAAGCUGUAUCUCAGCUCAACACAACUAAGCUCAGCACUGCAAAUUGGGACAGUUUUUGCAGAGAACUAAAUUUAAGUAGACACCGACCAUAAUCUAAACCAUUAUAAAUUCUGCUUUUGAACUUCAUCAAAUUAAACAAGUUAAUUUUGAAAAAGCUUCUUUUAAGAAGCAUCAAAGCUGUUGUUGCCUGCAGUUCCCAACUUGUCAUGAUUCCAGAAGACCAGUCAGGAUUCAGUAUUUUAACCCUGUAUGUGUGGGUGCCUGACUGGUUGGGCUACCAUCAAUUACCCUACUGACACCUUCCACUGUUUGCACAAUUCUGCCAGUCUGGAACUGCUUGGACUCCAGCUGCACUCCAAUAAAGAUAGAUUUAAGCAGACUCCAAAACCUCUGUAGUUUUAAGUUCUUGCCUUAGCCCUUGUUACCAGUAGCUGAAUGCAAGCAGCAGCAAAAUCUGCUUAUAUUCACUGAGCAUUACAGGCUUGUCCUCACUCCUGCCAUCCUGCUUUGGCAACCAAAGCUGGCACAAAGCAGAUCUUGACACUUGAAAAUUAAAAGCUGACAACUCCAGCUGUUCUGAGCAUCACCAAAAUGCAGAUGCUCUGAUUUUCAGCUUUAAUUGCUUAUUCUAUGCUUAGAUCUUCAACAGCAUCAACUCCAGUGCAAAGGACAAGUGUGGCAGCUGUUCUCUGAGCAGCAACAGCUGAUGUGCCUAAGCUAAGAGGUAGAACCUAUGAGUUUAGUUAAGGUAAGAUACCCAACACAAGGUGUACACAGGCACAGCUGGUGCUUUCACAUUUAAAGGCAGGGUGCCUUAUGUGUUAUGACAUCGAUGAGUCUAUCAUUUCACUUCAGAGGGAAUAAUUCAUAUAAAUGAGGAACGGAAUAACUAUGAAAAGGCAUGUAUAGGAAACUGGACUCAGGGGGUUCAGGUGUACAAAGCAAGAACCAUGCCUCCUUCACAGGCUUUCUGAGGGUAAUAAAACAAUACCAAUUUUUUAAAAACAGUAAUUAAAAUUAAUUCCAUUUCAUAAAGUGGGUAUUAAUUCCUCUGCUAUAAACACUUUCCUUAUAAAAGCAUUUUAAGUUAAACAUGGCCCUGAUAAAAUUGUUUUACACCAGCCUAAGAAACACUUUUCCCCCCUUUUGUAAUGGGACAACACUAAGAAGAAAGAUACAGAAUGUCCACACAGCUUGUGAACCCACAACUUUGAGUUUUUACCAGAACCAGCUUCUGCUUUCCUGUUAAAGAAAAAGAAAUCCAUUCUAAAAAAUGAACAAGUCAGCAUUACUCCAACAGGUUUCAAAUAUCUCAAACUUUAUUUUAAUAAAGGAUCAGCCUCACAGACCCGUGAGACCUGUGCCAGUAGCUCGCUUCUUGGCUUGUCCACUGCCAGCAAUGGACUUUGUUCCAUGACAGUUUGUUUUACAGUGCCAAGGUUAAGUUUCAUGAGGGCAGCCUAAACCAAAAUACUUGCAAACACUAUCAUCAUGCAUUGCUCCAUCAUUUUCAGCAGAACAAACAGAUUAGUAUUCAUCAAUUUAUAAUAAACAACUAUUUAUCAAGGCUUGACUGUACAAAUACAGCAAGUUAUCAAAUCCUAGUGAGUGACAGGUAAUACAAACACUUCAUUACACACACACAAAAAAUGUAAUUAACAGAAAUAAUUUUUUGCUACUUUAUAUUAGAUGAUGUAGCUUUGUAGAAUUAGCAAAGAAAUAAAUUCAAUGAAACUUCAUUCUGUACAUUAGCUCAACUUAAAUAUAUAUAUAUAUAUAUAUAUGUAUGUAUAUAUAUAUAUAUUACAAGCUUAAAAGGCUCAUAUCAUAGUUCACUUCCAAUCUGGGCUUUAAAAUUCUACCAGAAUGGACUCCCCAUAACCACUGUAUAUGUAUCUACUGCUUGCAAAAUGGAUAACUUUAGCUUGCACAUUGGGGAAGGGGGAAAGAAAUGAAAGACUCCACUCCUACAGUAUUAACAAUAGUGAGAACGACUGCAAAGUACAAAGCCAAAUUCAAAGCGAGAAAGAGUCAUUUGGAAAUGUAUUAUAUAAAGACAACUAAUAGGCUGGAGUUCCAGACAAAGUGAUGAACAUCAGUCUCUUCCUUCGCUGGCCAAUUAAAACAGCUCCACAAUAGCUCUAAAUCGUAGUUGAAAAGUCUGCUGCCUUGGAUAUUCUACUAAGCAAUCCAUUAUGGUGCCUAAUCAAUGAUCCCCUUUCUUUAGAAUAAAAAAUUUACUACCUCCCUUC